AUGGUUGCAAAAGAAUUUCAACCAUUAAGCCUCGUAGAAAAUAUUGAAAUUCAAAAAUUAAUUAAUUUAUUGAGCCCUAGCUAUAAAUUACCUUCACGAAAAACUUUAUCUAAAUCAAUUUUGCCACAAUUAUACGCAAAAGCUAAAGAAAAAGUUAAAACGAAUUUAAUUAAUUGGCAUUAUAUUGCAUUUACAACUGAUGGGUGGACAUCCCUUAAUAAUGACAGUUUUGUUGCAUUAACUAUUCAUUAUAUUGACAAAAAUGAAUGCACUUUAAAGUCUUUUUUACUAGGAUCUCAUAGUAUUAAUACUAUUGCUCAAAGAGGAUUAGAUGCAAUACAAAUUGUCCAUAAAAAAAUUAAACGCAUAGUUGAACAUUUUAAACGUAGUUCUCAGGCUUACAGUAAAUUAAAAAAUAUGCAAAAACAAAUGGGUUAUACGGAUUUAAAACUCAUUCAAGACAUAACUACGGGGUGGAAUUCUACAUACGAUAUAUUUGAGAGAUGUAUUCUAAUGAAAGAAUCAAUAAUAUUUUCAGUAACAAUUUUAGGUAAUAUUGAGAAUAUAUCUGAUGAAGACUGUGUUAUAAUGCAAUACUACUGUGAUAUUUUUAAACCCUUUAAAGAAAUUACUAUUGAACUGAGUAGUGAAAGAGAUAAAUUUAAUGAUAUUAAGUUACCCGAAGUAAUUCAUACAAUGCUUGCCAAAAUGAUCACCAAAGCCGAAAAAAAAUUUCAAGGUAUUGAAGAUCAACCAUAUUUUAUUGAAAAUUUAUUGUCAAAGCAACAGAAUGAAAUACAUCAAACAGAUAUAGAACAACAGGACCACGCGAACGAUAAUAGUCAAAGUGAAACUGAAGCAGUGGUAACCUUAUCAAAAAAAACUCCUACUAGUGAAGCGAUUUUUGAGUUAGAUAGAUAUUUGAAUGAGCCUAUAAUAGAAAGAAAGUCGGAUUCUUUAUUAUGA